GCUUCAGGUGCGUUUGAUUAGGAUUGGAGCAUAACUUUUGCAGGACAGUUGAUCGCCAGGAGCAGGAUUAGGCACCACUGAUGUACACAAGAUGUUGUUUUUAUUUCUCUGUCUGCUCUCUCUGACACCAGCAGCUUCUGAAGUGGGUCUUGAUGGUAAAGCGCUUCUGUUUCCAACCAAGACUAAUACCAGCUUUGUUGAACUCACUCCUGAAAAGCCACUGAGUCUGUCAGCAUUUACUCUCUGCAUGCGUGUUGCAACGGAGAUCCAGGGUGAGAGGGAGAUCAUUCUGUUUGCCUACCGCACGCCUCAAUAUGAUGAGCUCAACGUGUGGCGAGAGCAAGGUCAGGUGUCCUUGUAUUUACGUUCUAGUAGCGAUGCAGCAUUUUUCCACCUGCCUCCUCUCUCCACCUUCCAAACCCACCUGUGCGUCACCUGGGACUCUGAGACUGGUCUCUCUGCCUUUUGGGUGGACGGACGGCGCAGUGUGUACCAGCUCUAUAGAAAAGGUCACUCAGUUCGUCCUGGCGGCACCGUCCUGCUCGGCCAAGACCCUGAUAUAUGUGUGGGUGCCUUUGAUGCAGAGCAGUGCUUUAUGGGUGAAAUUACAGAUGUGAAAAUGUGGGAUCAUGUUCUCUCUGGCAGUCAGAUUAAGGCAGUUUAUUCAAACCAGGAACCGAAUGUGCCGAAGGGAAACGUGUUUGACUGGAACACCAUUCAAUAUGAGACCAUUGGAAAUGUGUUAGUUGUGCAAGAUGACUAAUUAUGAUCCAUUGUAACAUCACACACACACUGUGUACAAGGCUUUAAAAGACCCAAUAAAGGAACCUAUCACCCACUUGAAAA